UGGCGGAUCUGCCGUACUGGAAACGGCUGCCAGGGAAGUGUAUUAAUGACUCCAUUAUCGACUUAGUGACUUCAUUUACCGAGGGUGAAGGUCAUCUAUUCAAAUUGGCGUUCAAUUCAGAAGGCAUCGCAGAACUUUUUCUCUGGGAAUGGAUCCACCAGCGUCUUGUGUAUCUCACGACCAAAAUAUAUAAGAGUCACCAGUUCUCUGGUUUGCUAUGGCCAUGUCGUUUCUCUUCCCAAAGGUUCCCCUUCAAACUCCUAAACGAGACCCUGACGGAGCUUGGAACUUCUUUGACGGAGCAUUGAAGACGUAUUUCAUUCAAAGCCAUGGCGAAUCUUUCACUUCCCGACAGAUCUUCAAGCAUUCUAAUCCACACACUGGUAACGGUCGCUCUUCCACUGCCACUCCUCCGUACCAUUGGCACCUUUACCAGACGGAAAUCUUUGAUGUUAAGAGUGGCACCCUGUGCUAUGAUAUUGACGGAAAACUAGGAAAGCUUCAAGCGGGGGAAACGGCCACUAUACCCCCUUACCGUUACCACACCUUUUGGAAUGACCCAGAUGCCAAAGCGGACUUGGACGUUCAUAUAACGGUUAGCGGAGGGCCAAAUAAGGGAUUCGACGAGACUUUUAUUCACAACUUCUAUGGCUAUCUCUCCUCCGCGGUCAUGCAGGGUCAAUCCCCGAACGUCUUCCAGAUGCUUGCUUUCCUUGACCAUGCCGAUGUCGUGCUCGUUGAUUUUCCCAUGUGGACAGGAAGGUUAGCCAAUGUCGUUCUGGGAAGAUGGAUUGGCCGGGGCCUGGGAGGAUACGAAGUAGAGUACAAGGAACUCAGUGAACAUAACGAAUGAGCAGGCUGAUAUUUUUUCUAUUUCCGGACCUGAUCAACAGGCCGAUUAAAUCCUCGGCAUGCAUUUGAGUCCGGUGACCUUCCUUUUUCCUGCGCUCCUUUCCCUAGGCCCACAGUACCCUUCGAACCUUGGGCUUGCACAGCGAGAUCUAGCAGGACUGACGGCUUUUCUUCGGUACACGCGUCAACAUCGUGGCGGGAAUACUAUAUCACACUUAUUCUACGGGCGAUUUGGGGAUAGUUCCUUCCACAAACUCAUUGUACCCAAGCAAGAAUCAAAUUAGAGAAC